GCUGUCAACUAGUAUGUGCUGAUGGGGCCAGCCCGCUGCUGGCUAGAUGUCAUGCUGCUGUGGUCACGCAGGCGGUGCAAACGUGGCUCUGUUGGCCUCUCCAGCCCGGCUGUUCCCCCAGCAGCCUGCAGAGGAGGUGGAGGGGGGUGCUGCCUUUUCCUGCUUCCCGCGGGGGUUUGGAGAGAUCUGGAGGGGAAGGUUCUCUGGGUGCCCCGUUUGGGCGGCUUGUUUCCCCGCCGGUGUAAUCAGGCCUGCCUGGGCUUUGCUGCUGGGCUGGGCUGGGCUGGGCGAGCCAGGGCGGGAGCUCUUCUGGCCGGUCAGCAAGAGUUUUUCUCCCCCCUGGGCCCUGCACUUCACUACGUGUGUUCAGGGCCCGGCCCACAGCAUCCGAGCGCCCGCGGCGGCCCUUUCCUGGGCUAGGCUCCCGGAGGCCGAGCUCCCGGCCCUGGGAAGGCGCCGGCGGGGGCGUGGCAGGCCGCGCCCGGGGCCGCCCCUCGCUCCGCUGGCGCGCAGCCCGGGCCUGGUACCCCCGCGCCCCGGCUGCGGGCCCGCAGGCAGGCGCCGCGGGAGCGCGUGGGUCGGGCGAGCCCCGCCGCCAGCCCCACCCGCCGGCCGGCCGGCCAGGGGGAGGGUCUCCGCGGCGCUGAAUAUGUAUCAGCCACCUGAUCCGCCGGGCUCGCCGCCGCGCUCGGCAGCUGCCUCCUGCCUUUGUGUGCGGGCCGCCGCCCGGCUCCGCGUAGCGCCCGGCAUGCAGCCCUCCGGGCCGGCCGCCGCCGAGCUGGACGCCUCGCUGGAGCAGUACCUGCGGGUCCGCAUCUUCAAAAUCAUCGUCAUCGGCGACUCCAAUGUGGGCAAAACCUGCCUGACCUUCCGCUUCUGCGGGGGCGCCUUCCCCGCCAGCACCGAGGCCACCAUCGGCGUGGACUUCAGGGAGAAGACGGUGGAGAUCGAGGGAGAGAAAAUCAAGGUGCAGGUCUGGGACACAGCUGGCCAGGAGCGGUUCCGGAAGAGCAUGGUAGAACACUAUUACCGCAAUGUGCAUGCCGUCAUCUUUGUCUAUGAUGUCACUAAGAUGGCUUCCUUCCACAAUCUCAAAAUGUGGAUUGAGGAAUGCAAUGGGCAUGCUGUGCCCCCUUUCGUCCCCAAGGUGCUUGUUGGGAACAAGUGUGACUUGCGAGAACAAAUUCAGGUGCCAUCCAGCGUGGCCCUGAAAUUCGCUGAUGCUCACAACAUGCUUUUGUUUGAAACAUCAGCCAAGGACCCCAAAGAGAGUCAGAACGUGGAGUCAAUUUUCAUGUGCCUGGCCUGCCGGUUGAAGGCCCAGAAGUCCCUGCUCUAUCGGGAUAUGGAGAGGCAGCAGGGAAAAGUGCAGAAACUGGAGUUCACACAAGAUGCUAAUAAUAAAAAUUCCUGCCCCUGCUGAACGGAGGCUGUGCAGUCUAGGUUAAUAUUGUGGGGGGAGGGGUUUUGUGCCCGUAUAAGACUGACACCUGCUUGUUUCACUAUAAAUUAAUGUUAACAGAAUAAAAUUUGUAUCACUGA